UUCACUCAUCGAUCGGGAGAGAGAGAGAGAGAGAGAGAGAGAGAGAGAGGGAGUCACGCAGAGCAGCGGAGAUGAAGUACAAUCCUAAUGUUAGUAGCUCCCGCCGGAAGAACAGGAAGGCACACUUCUCCGCGCCGUCGAGCGUUCGUCGCGUCCUGAUGAGUGCACCUCUCUCCGGCGAGCUUCGCUCCAAGUACAAUGCCAGGUCCAUGCCUGUCCGCAAGGAUGACGAGGUCCAGAUCGUUCGAGGCACCUACAAAGGUCGUGAGGGAAAGGUUGUGCAGGUGUACCGUCGUAAGUGGGUGAUUCACAUCGAGCGCAUCACUCGUGAGAAGGUCAAUGGAACGACUGUCAAUGUCGGAAUCAAUCCGUCCAAGUGUGUGAUCACGAAGCUCCGUCUCGAUAAGGACCGGAAGUCGCUGCUUGAACGUAAGGCGAAGGGACGUGCUGUGGCGGAUAAGGAUAAAGGGACUAAGUUCACGGCCGAGGACAUCAUGCAGAACAUUGAUUGAUUUAGUCUCAUUCUAUGUCUUUUAUGGUUAGUGUUCUCGAUUUCUCUAUCAAUUAUCGUACUGCUUUUGGGCUCAAUUUUGGUUACAGCUUAAUUUCAGAUUUGAUUGAGGAUUUGCAUAUUCAACCUUUUGAUUUCUGAGAUUGGAUUUUGGCAAAGUUUGUUUUUGGUUACAUUUGAAUCACGAUAUUGGUUUAAGUAAAUUUAUCGUCAAUUUUCUUUUACGCCUUGUUAUUUUUGGUUCAUUACUUAGGCGUAGUACGAUUUGUGUAAGGGCGUGAAAGCAAUCAGGAUAUCUGUAACAUUUGUAUGAAAAAUUUGUAUAUAAUCUUUGGAGA